UUCUACAAAACCAACAAACUCAACUUUCUAUGGAUCGCAUGACUGGUAAAACUACUCUUAGUGAUGUUAUUAUUGACACAGGGGCAUCUCACCAUAUGACUGGUGAUUUAUCCUUACUACGGGAUGUUCGAGAUAUACUUCCCUCGUCUGUAACCUUUUCAAACGGAGAGGGUUCUCGUGCAACAAAAAUGGGAACACUACAUUUGACCUAAUUUACUACAACUACUACUACUAUACCGAUGUUGGGCCCUCUGUGGAUGUCAUUCCCACAUUGUCCACGCUUCAGACCUAAAUGUCUGAGCGUGAGGGAGGGUAUUGAUGAGAAACAUCCCACAUCGGAAAUAUAAGAAUUAAUCUACUACUAUAUAAAGGGUUAGAGCCAAUCCACUCACUGCCAAUUGGUUUUAAGUUGGAAGUCCAUAUUAAAUCCAAAUCUAACAACAAACAUCUCAUCACUCAAACUAUCAAACACCUUGGUUGAACAAGUGCCUGCAUCCAUUCAGCAUUGGACUCGUCUUCGGUUUCUUGACCUAAGCUACAAUGGGAAGCUCAAAACCUUAAAGAAUGUCCCCGAAGGCGUAUCUCAUCUAAACCUAAGCUAGAGCGGGAUCGAGAAUGUUUCGGAUUGCAUCAAAGCGCUUCACGGUCUUCAACAUCUUAAUCUUUCUGGCUGCAGAAAACUCCCGUCGUUGCCUGAGCUCCCUCUUCAGCUUAUGUUCCUAUCUGCAAACGACUGUGAAUCGCUGAAGAGUGUUUCUUGUCACUUUUACGCUCCAAAUGCGCAGCUUAACUUCACCAACUGCUUCGAAUUGAAACAACAAGCACGACGAGCGAUUAUCCGACAAUCGUUUCUUAACGGGUGGGCUUUGUUACCAGGAAGAGAAGUACCCGCAGAGUUUGAUCACCGAGCCAGAGGAAGUUCUUUAACUCUUCCUUAUCCUGCUUCCUCUAGAUUCAAGAUUUGCCUCGUGAUUGGACCAAACCAUCAAGUCAGAGAUUAUAGAGUCUCGCAGCUGUUGUGUAGUCGCAUUGGUAAAUGCGAGUUACACCUCUCCUCCAUUAACGAGGCUAUCAGAUUUUAUCGUAUCCCAAGAUUUCCAACAGAGCAUCUGUUUAUCUUUCACUCUGAUUGUAUUGAAGAAGACCAAAGCAUUAGCGAGACAGUGUUUGAAUUUAGCAGCAAACUCCACGAUUUUGAGAUUGUCGAGUGUGGUGUUCAGAUCUCAACCGACGAAAUGGAAAGGAGCUGAGCGUUUGAAAACGACUCUGAGAACAGUGACCGUAACAGAUGGACAAAUCUGUUUGGAUCUCUCCAAACUUAUGAGUUACGACGAUUGAAGCAAGGUUUAAUGACGUGGCCGCUUACGUGAGCUUAAACACCACGGCUCGUCACACUAAAAGCCUUGAUAUUGGAUUCACAAAUCUUUUUUUUUUCUUUGAAAAAAUAUAAGGAAAAUAAAUGGGAAAUACCCUAUGAUAGCCCUCAAAAAUUUUCUAUCACAAAUAUAGAGUCCAAGAAUUAAAAUGACCAAAAUGUUUCAUUAAAGAUGAAAAUAUACACUUAUACCUCUAGGGUUAACUAAUCCAAACUUUAGUGUUUAGAGUUAAGUGGUGGAGAUUUGAGUUUGAGGUUUAAAAUUAUAUAAAAUAGAAAAUAAAUAUUAAAAUUUUAAAAAUAAAAAUUUUAAAAAUAGUUUCAAAAAGUAUUUUUAAAUUACAAAAGAAAAUUUGAAAAAAAAUAAAUAAAAAAAAUUAUAAAAGUUCGAAUUUGAAAACAUAUAAUCUAAAACAAUAUAAAAAAAAUUUAUUUUUUUAUUUUUUAUUUUUUUAUAUAUCUAGGGUAUUAGUAUCUUUUUACCUAUUAAAUGAAACAUUUUGACCAUUUUCGUCCUUGUGAUCUAUUUUUGUGACUAAAACUUUAAAAUGAUCUAUUUAUGAGAAUUACCCAAAAUAAAUUCAAUUUUUCCAUGUCUUUUUUUUGGUAAAAUAAAAAGGUGUUUUCACCUCUUUGCCGGGAAUCCAAGCAAUGUAAAUAGUUCCUCCGAGAUUUUUUUUUUUUUCAAUUCGGUUCGAUUUUUAUGUUAUUCGGAUAACCAUGUGUUGUUGCUCUAAACCAACCACUCACGAUCUAUGAGCGUAAAUGGCGUUGCCACCUCUUACCAUGAGCAAGUUGACACGAUACAAAACAAGUAGGAAGGUUCCUUGAUUAAGUAAUUGUCAACAUGGUAUUAAUGCAUUUCAUAUUUUCAAGUGAGAUCUUACACCAUGGAUUAUUUUUUUGGUCAACUGUGUUAGCUGACCGUGAACAUAUUAAUGUAUACAAUCUGAUCUCUAAACAAAUAUAUUUUAUAACUAGUGUUACUAAACUGAAUUUUAUCUUGUUCAAAGUAUCUGCAUCUUCCGGUUUAACAACAACAAGUGUUUGAUUAACAGUUCUCCUUUCUUUAUAAAAAAAGUCGUUUACUUUUAGGAGUCUGAACUUGAAGAAGUAAAAAUACGAAUAGACUUAUGAUCUCUCUCCCUCUCUCGUCAACAGUUAAGGGAGGCCCAUGUUCUCCUUCGUAUAUGAUUUAACAACAACAAGUGUUAGUUUGCUUCCUAAUUUAAAAGACCACCACUAAAGAACUACAUAUCUAUGGUUGUCAUUUUGCGUAAAUCGCUCAAAGUCUUGACUCUUGAGGUAAAGAACAAGAAACCUAUUAUUUUAUUUCAUAUGAAAGUUUCUCCUUAUAUAAGUCAACGCGGUUCGCAAUACACACAAGGAUCCCUGUUUUUAUAAAUAAUUUAUGUAUCUAUAUCUUUCCGGAAAAAUCAUUUGAAGUGAAACAUUGACUUCAACUUCUCUUCACCCUUUUUCUUCUCUCUUGUUUCUCAUGGCUUCUCUUACUUCUUCAUUGUCGACUCGCAACUGGAGUUACAAUGUCUUUGCGAGCUUUCACGGGCCUGAUGUCCGUAAAACACUUCUCAGCCACAUGCGUGAACAGUUUAAUGUCAAUGGGAUCACUAUGUAUAAUGAUCAAAAGAUGGUGAGAAGCGAAGAGAUAGCUCCUUCACUCACAAAUGGUAUAAGAGAAUCUAGGAUCGCGAUUGUGAUUCUCUCCAAGAAAUAUGCCUCGUCAAGCUGGUGUUUGGAUGAAUUGGUGGAGAUAUUGGAGUGCAAGAAAACUAUGGGACAGAUAGUGAUGACCAUCUUCUAUGGAGUGGAGCCAUCUGAUGUACGGAAACAGACCGGGGAAUUCGGGAUCGCUUUCGAGGAUACUUGUGAACAUAAGACAAAGGAAGCAAAGCAGAAAUGGAUCAAAGCUUUGACUGAUGUGAGCAACAUUGCUGGAGAAGACUUCCUAAGAUGGGCAAAUGAAGCAGACAUGAUCAAGCAAAUUGCCAGAGACGUUUCAGAUAAACUCAAUGCUACACCGUCUAGAGACUUUGAUGGCAUGGUGGGACUUGAACCUCACAUAAGAGAAUUGAAGUCUUUACUAAAAUUAGAUGAUAAUGGAGUUAUGAUGGUUGCAAUCACUGGUCCUGCGGGAAUUGGUAAGACCACCAUUGCUAGGGCUUUACAAAGUCAAAUCUCUAAUAGGUUUCAGCUUACUUGUUUUGUGGACAACCUUAGGGAAAACAAUCAUAGUGGUUUUGAUGAACAUGGUUGGAAGCUGCGUUUACAGGAGCAAUUUCUUUCAAAUCUUUUGAAUCUUGGUAGAAUUAGGAUAGGCCAUUCUGGUGUGAUUGAAGAAAGGCUAUCCAAGCAUAGGGUGCUCAUCAUUCUUGAUGAUGUGUACCAUAUAAAGCAAUUAGAAGCGCUAGCAAAUAAAACUACAUGGUUUGGUUCUGGAAGCAGGAUUAUAAUUACCACAGAAAACAAAGAGAUUUUGCAGCAACAUGGUAUCAAAAAUAUGUACCGUGUGGGGCUUCCAUCUGAUGAACAAGCGCUCAAGAUCUUAUGCAGAUAUGCUUUUGGAAACAACUCUCACAACCAGGGGUUUGAAAAGCUUGUACCAAGAGUGACAAAGCUUUGUGAUAACCUUCCGUUGGGUCUAAGUGUUGUGGGCUCAUCUUUGCGUGGGAAGGAGGCGGAUGAAUGGGAAGAGGUACUGAGCAGGCUGGAAACUAAUCUUGAUCGAGAUAGCGGAACUAUUCUUGAUCGAGAUAUUGAUGACGUACUAAGAGUUGGCUACGAGAGUUUAGAUGAGAAUGAGCAAACGCUAUUUCUCCACAUUGCAGUCUUCUUCAACUAUAAAAGUUGGAAUCUCGUGAACACCAUGUUCGAUGAUAGUGACUUGGAUGUCAAACAUGGGUUGAAGAUCCUUGUAAACAGAUCUCUCAUCCAAGAGACCAUUGGAUAUGAGCAUAGAAUAGUGAUGCACAGAUUACUAGAACAAAUGGGUAAAAAAGCCAUUCAAAAACAAGACCCUUGGAAACGCCGGAUCUUGAUGAAUGCUCGGGAGAUUUGUGAUGUUCUUCAACAUGCCAAAGGUACAUGGAAUGUUCUUGGUAUAUCGUUUGAUAUAUCAAGAAUCAACGAACUAUCCAUCAGCAAGAAAGCUUUUAAAAGAAUGACUGAUCUCCGAUUCCUCAAAAUUUACAAAAGACAAUAUGACGGGAAUGAUAGAAUGCAUAUACCGGAGGAGAUUCAGUUUCCGUGCGGACUAAGGUUACUAGAUUGGGAAGCUUAUCCGAGCAAGUGUCUUCCUCCUACGUUCAAUCCUCAAUAUCUUGUUGAACUCAGUAUGAAGAAUAGCAAGCUCGAGAAGCUAUGGGAAGGGAUCAAGCCGCUUGCAAAUCUCCAGAAGGUGGAUUUUUCAGGAUCUGUUCAUUUGAAGGAACUUCCCGAUCUUUCAAAUGCAACAAAUCUUGAGAAGUUGGAUCUAAUAGGCUGCGAGAGCUUGGUAGAGAUUCCAUCCUCUUGUUCAAAUCUUCACAAACUACAGAAGUUGUGGGUGAGUGGAUGCAUAAACCUACAAGUAAUUCCAGCUCGCAUGAACUUGGCAUCCCUUGAUGAAGUAUUCAUGAGAGGAUGCUCAAGGUUGAAAAACAUUCCAGUCAUGUCAACGAACAUCAGAAAACUGUGUAUAUCGGAGACAGCUGUUGAAGAUGUGCCUGCAUCAACUAAGCUGUUGACACGUCUUACGUCUCUCAGUAUAAACAAAGGUGGAAAGCUCAAGAGAUUAACAUAUCUCCCCAAGAAUGUCACAGAUCUAGACCUAAGCUAUUCCGAUAUUCAAAAGAUUUCAGAUAGUAUCAAAGCCCUUCAUCAGCUACGGAACCUUAAUCUAGCUGGCUGCACAAGACUCGCGUCACUACCAAAGCUCCCUGGCUCGGUCAAAACCAUAAUAGCGGAAGACUGUGAGUCACUGGAGACCGUAUCUAGCUCUUUGAACACUCCAAACGCGCGGCUCAAUUUCAUCAACUGCUUCAAACUGAGUCAACAAGCAAGAAGAGCAAUUUUUAAACAAGCUUUCUUUAUAGGAGUGGCACUCUUACCAGGAAGAGAAGUACCAGCAGAGUUCGAUCACCGAGGCAGAGGAACCUCAUUGACUAUUCGUCCUGACGGUAACCCUUACAGCGGCUUUGUGGUUUGCGUCGUGAUUUCCCCUAAGCAGCAAGAGUUUAGUUUUUCCCAGCUAAAGUGUCGUCGCAUAGGCGUAGCUCAAGAUGACUUCUAUCCAGUUGAAAUGUUGGUCUACGUGGGCGAAGUCCACAAGUUCCGAAGGGAGCAUCUAUUUGUAUUCGACUCUCGGUUUCUAGAGUUCUACCCAUCUGAUAUGAGCAGAGAGAUAGUACUCGAACUGAGCAGCAACUCCAACGAUUUCGAUAUUAUUGACUGUGGUGCCAGGAUCUUGACCGACGAGAAUGGGAGCAAUGAAUGUGGCUUAAACGACCAAGUGUUAGAAGAAGAAACUGAGCUUGAAUCCAGGGAAGCCUUUGAAGAUAGCAUCGAACAUACAAAUGAAGUAGUCUGUUACUCGGAAGAAGUGGACGGUGGAAAACGUACUGAUUGUUGGAGUUGGCUCUUUCUCUGCUUCGGUCUCUCCCAUUUGACUAGAUUUGUUUCGGGAAGAAGACGAUAAAAUCUGGACAUAACUAGGGCAGAUGUCUAAAGCUGUGCGAUUUCCUAAAGACCAUGUCUAAAGCUAUGCGAUGCUGAGGUUAUUGUCGUUGGAGGUUAUUGUAGUUAGACUGAAGAUAUUAUAGAUUUUGUUAAUUCGGGAAGUGGUUUAAAUUUCAUUCCACCGUAAAAGUUCAUAUUCUUUACCAGACAAAGAUUGAUUAGUUAUCAUUUAUCAAGAUUGAGAAGCCACUUUUAAUAAAUAAGGAAGGUUUUUAAAGAGAAAUUGAAUAUCGCGUUUUGAUGCUGUAUAAAUAUUGGUUUAAGGAGUUGUAAAUUACUUAUUCACGUAAUUUAUAUAAAUCCUAAAACGGAUUAUAUGCCUCAAUCGUGUUUUUUUUGCAAGUUGUUCUUGUUUGAUUCGUGUUUGUGCACAACAAAUCUCUUCUUGCUUUGUUUGUGUGUGUUUUUUUAUCCGAAAAUAGAAAAAAACUGCUUAUAAUUAAUCCCCGAUUAGUUCCUGCUUUUUACUAAUUCGCUAGGUCCAUACCAACCAUCCAAUUCACAUCUAUCGUACUUAUAUUGAUACUUCUACAUAUUAUGGGUAACUUAGGAGAUCUCUAUUUUCCUACUAGUGUAAAUGGCUUUGAUGGCGCUGAGAAAUCGCUUAUGUAAACUGUUAAAUUUCCUUUUUUUUUUGUAAUUUGACGAACUAAACACUUCAAAGUUCCACGUAGAUGAACUGGAGACCGUUCCAAACACAUUUAAGCAAAGCUUGAAUAAUAUUAAUGUGAAAGGGCCAUAGGCCCAUAACACAAGAUUCGUUGUUUCUAGUUACUCGUAGACUUGGAACCGAACUUUGUUUUUCAAAGUCUUUACUACUUUAAUAAAUAGUGAGUGGUCUUCUCUUUUUGAAACAUAUUUAUGUGGAACAAAUGCAUAUAUUAAAGUCUUGUGUACAUAUUUUUUUUCCAAGCUUAUGUUGAGGACCCCAACUUAAGAAGUACACAUAUGUGGUUGUAGUUUGUGUACAUAGCUUAAAGUCUUGAGGUAGAGAACAAAUCAAUCUUCCUCUCUUUUAAGUUCAAGACUCCUCUCUCAUAAGUCAAGAUGUUGCCUCAAUACACAGAAGGUUCCCUUUUUAUUUUACUUUUAUACAGCUUUCCAAAAAUACAUUACUUUGAAACAGUUGAUAUAACUUAACCUUUUAACUCUUUUAUUUCAUCUCUCUCAGCUUGUCUCUAAUGGCUUCUACUUCUUUUACGUCUCGCAACUACAAAAUCAACGUCUUUCCAAGGUUCUGAGGGGAGUACGUAUGAAAGCAUUUCUAGUCACCAACCAAAAAUUGAUCUGGUAAAACUUUUAAAUUACUUAGUAAGGAUCUAAGAAUUAUAGGUUCAAUCAUGCGGUGAGAAAGUCUGCUCUCCAAAAGAAAAUUAAAAGAUGGAAAGUAUAAGCUUUGCCAUAAGGGAUCGAUGUAUAGACUUAAAGAUCCAGUAUUUUCUUGUCAUUGAAAAAACAUUUCUAAGUCACUUGCGCAAGCAGUUUGAAGUAAGAUAAGGUACUCAUGGUUCUUAUGCGACUUGAAGAAAGACAUGUCAUAAGUAAUAACUAACAUGUUUGCUGGAGUUGCCUCAGUGUAGGAAGUAGGAGAUACCAUUCUUUCAUUAUUUUUCUGUCAACUUUUUCAUAUAUAACUAUGGUCGAUUGGAAAGGCUGAAAGCCUCCUAAGUUUGAAACCCCUAGAUACUCAUCUUUGUGACUAAGCGGCAUGGAUUUUUAACUUCCACCACGUAGAACAACAAGGUUUGCCUGUCGCCGGUGGACCAACUUCCUAGAAAUUAGUCUGGACUUCGGCCAUAAAAGCCAGAUGAAUACAAGAUAGUAUAAACAAUUUAAAAUUCAUAUCUGAUCAUGACUCAUUAUUUAUUUUAUUUUUCUCUGAAAAUCUCUUUCUUAUAUCGAUAAUAAAAGAAUA